CUAAACUGGGUGAAGAAGGGCAGUUUUACUCUGUCCUGUCUAACGUGAGAGCCCCACCGUGAACAUGAUCUGCAGAGUUGCUCAAAUACGCAGGUGCGCAGGCAGCCUCAGCCAAACCAUAAAUCAGGUAGCUGCAUCAAGGCAGAAGCACACGCUCCCCGACCUGACCUACGACUAUGGCGCCUUGGAGCCCCACAUCAACGCAGAGAUAAUGCAGCUGCACCACAGCAAGCACCAUGCCACAUAUGUUAACAACCUGAACGUUACAGAGGAGAAAUAUCAAGAGGCACUCGCAAAGGGGGAUGUGACAACACAGGUUGCCCUUCAGCCUGCUCUGAAGUUUAAUGGAGGAGGUCACAUUAACCACACUAUCUUCUGGACAAACCUCUCUCCAAAUGGUGGAGGCGAGCCACAGGGGGAGCUGAUGGAGGCCAUCAAGCGGGACUUUGGCUCCUUCCAGAAGAUGAAAGAGAGGAUGUCUGCUGCUACAGUGGCAGUGCAGGGCUCAGGCUGGGGCUGGCUGGGCUUCGACAAAGAGAAUGGAAGACUUCGUAUCGCUGCUUGUGCUAACCAGGAUCCUCUGCACGGCACCACAGGUCUCAUCCCCCUCCUUGGUAUAGAUGUAUGGGAGCAUGCCUACUACCUUCAGUACAAAAAUGUGCGACCGGACUAUGUCAAAGCUAUCUGGAAUGUCGUCAACUGGGAGAAUGUGAGCGAGCGUCUCCAGACUGCCAAAAAGUAGAAUCUAAUCCUCAAACAUCCACACCUACCUGUCCCAGACCUGAAAAAAAUAGUAGUUGCAUAUAAUCAUUAUAAUAAUAAGUUACUUGCAUGGAGUAUGGAGAAGUGGUGUUAUUUUGACAGUUGCAUUAAAGUUGAUUAGCAGUAAAUAACUUUAAAAUACUUUCUACAUUGGUGCAGUUUGCAUUGUCUUGCACCUAAGUGGGCUGAAACAAACAUUACAUUUUAUUUGCAAGUGCUUUUUACUUCAGGUCUGCUCCCAACCUCCUGUCUGUUUUCAAAGCGCACAUUACAUUCGGUGUCAUAUAACCAGAGUACAUUAUCAGUAAGAAGUGUCUUUGUCAGAAUAAGUCACUCCAAAAUCAGCUAAUGUUAUUGCAGUCCACGUUUUUGAUGUAUUAUAAUAAAAUUCUAGGAUUUCAAUUGUA